GAUCCUCUCGCUUGCCUGCAGCCCAAGUGGCGCCUCCUUUGUCUGUUCCGCGGCAGCCCAGAGCCCCAUGUCCCACAUGGAUUUUUCAGCAGUAAGCUCUGGUGGCAAAAGCAUGAACCAAGUUCCUGGGAAGCUGCUACUGUGGGACACCAAAACAAUGAAGCAGCAGCUGCAGUUCUCCCUGGAGCCUGAGCCCAUUGCUAUUAACUGCACAGCCUUCAACCACAACGGCAACCUGCUGGUCACUGGGGCCGCAGAUGGGAUUGUUCGUCUCUUCGAUAUGCAGCAGCAUGAGUGUGCCAUGAGCUGGAAGGCACACGGUGGCGAAGUCUACUCUGUUGAGUUCAGCUAUGAUGAGAACACAGUCUACAGUAUAGGCGGGGAUGGCAAGUUUAUUCAGUGGAAUAUUCACAAAAGUGGCUUGAAGGUGUCAGAGUAUGAUCUUCCCAGUGAAGCUACAGGUCCCUUUGUUCUGUCUGGGUACAGUGGCUACAAGCAAGUCCAGUUCCCACGAGGAAGGCUUUUUGCUUUUGACUCUGAGGGCAACUAUAUGUUGACAUGUUCUUCCACUGGGGGAGUCAUUUUUAAGUUAAAUGGUGAGGAAAAAGUUCUGGAGAGCUGCCUUUCCCUGGGAGGACACCGAGCUCCUGUUGUUACAGUGGAUUGGAGCACGGCCAUGGACUGCGGGACCUGCCUCACUGCCUCUAUGGAUGGGAAGAUUAAAUUAACAACCUUACUGGCUCAAAAGUCUUAACCUGAACUAAGAGCAAGAGACUUGACAAAACCAGUGUUAACUCCACAGGAAGAAACUGCAUGGGAGAGAAGGCAAACCACAGCCCCUUUUCUCAUUGUAGCU